CUUCCAUCGAAACUAAUCAGUUUUUACAGCGAGCAGGACGAAGAGCGUUCCAGAAAAAUAUCCGCACAAAAAAGGAUUAUUUUAUAUUCUGCUGUUAAUUUCCAGCAGCAAACAGAAGAUGAUCGAGGUGGUUUGCAACGAUCGUUUGGGCAAAAAAGUCCGGAUCAAGUGCAACUCUGAGGAUACAAUUGGAGAUCUGAAGAAGCUCAUUGCUGCACAGACAGGAACGCGACAUGACAAGAUUGUAUUAAAGAAAUGGUAUACCAUAUUCAAGGACCAUGUGUCUCUCGGUGACUAUGAAAUUCAUGAUGGGAUGAACCUGGAGCUGUACUAUCAGUAAACCAGAGGAAGACCACACAUCAAUGCUACUUGAUAACCUUCGUCCUCGUUACACACAAACAUACAGAUACAGAAAUUGCAUCGAUGGAAUCUGUCGCAGGAAACCACCUUAAUCAGACAACACGGCUGAAAGAGAAGAGUGGGGUCUACCACCCAGUCAUUACAUAGAUCUCAGUUUUAGCUGUUAAUUUUUUGCCCAGAAUUGAUUAAGUGAAAUACAUGUUGUUGUUCUAUACUGUUUUUUUUUUGAUAUUUUGGAAUUAAAGCUGAUAUUUACCUACCUAUAACUGAGUGCUGGUCUUU